CGCGCACUGGACCUGGCGUCCCCGUUUCCUUCCCCUUCUCCCUUUUGCAGCUUAGGUCCUGCAUAAUCUCCGCUCCUUCCAGGCAAGACGCUCCUUGCACCUAGGUCCAUUCCCCACGUUUCGCUGGCUGGCCACCUUGAAAUGCGUGUCUGCACGCCGACCCUUCAAGAAUACAGUUGUCAAUGGAUCAACUGAGCUCUCUCUGCCUCUCCGUCACUCCAAACUUUCGCUGCGUCUCCCUCUCCACCCUCCAGUCCGCCGCUCUCAUCAUCCCCUCCGGCCUAGAGUUCUUCUUCUCCCUUUCGCUCGCCCUCACAAAAGGAAAAUCUGAUCUAAACUCUCUUCUCCUUGCUCUUGACGGCAUCUCCUUCUUCGCUGUUGCUUUGAUUGAUCUCCUCUCGCACGUCCUACGAGAACCCAUGCGCUCAGAGACCGUCUUCAAGGCUCUCGACAUCACUAUUGGCGUACUUUCUUUCAUCCCGCUCUUACUAUAUACCACAUUUCUAUUCAAGGUUACCUUAUUUCGCUUCCUGCCAUAUCUCCCGCGUAGGCUGCAGAGUCUACCCAAGCUGCUGUUCGUUCUACUCAUUCCUAUAAUUGUGGCGGCCAACGAAGUUGCAUCGUUCGUAGGCUUCAAAAUCGAAAUGGAAACGGAAAAUGGACGCAAUGUCAUAGGCAUUCUGUUUUCCAAUCGAAAUCCGAUGCUCUGGUAUUCGCUCAGCGCGUUUUCCCUGGCCACGUUCACUGCUACUCAGCUCUUAUUCUUUCUAUUCGCGUUCUUUCGGAUGGGAAAGGCCCUCGCCAACCAGCGGCGUAUAGAAACCGGCCAAACAGAUGAACACCAUUUCUUGAACGGAAUAGUCUGGAUGACAGGAGGGAUAAAGAUAGGAGCGAUCGAGACCAUCGUAGGUUUUUCGCCUGGUCUUUUCGCAGUCCCACUGGCUCGCAGGAUACUGCGCCUGGUAGGGCGUUCCUGCCUUAUAAUCGGAGUCUUGAAAGGAUUCGACAAGGUGGAAAACUUUGAGAACCUGACAGACGAGCUGCUCCGGGCGUCUCGGGCUUCGCGGACAAAAAGCAAGCGCUUUUCUAACUUCCGUGGGCUGAUCAGCAGCCGGCCCUUCAGCUUUCUCAGGAACCCGAAUGCCGCGGAGCCCUACUCGCCUAUUCGUGAGCUCGCCAAGGAGACGAAGGGACAGAGAGUCACGGUGCAUUACGACAAGGGACAGGCGCCAUAUCUCCAGAUACGCUUCUCAGCCCUGGAUCUCCCCGAGCCUGUGGUACACAGCAGCAGACGGCGCUCGACAUCGGGCAUUCUCCAGACCUUCAGCGGCAGCGGUCGGUCCAACUCCCUGCCCCACGUACGGUAUCCUCCUCGCGCCAAGUCCGCAAUGCCCGACAUCGGUGACCCCUCACAUCAUCAAGUGCUCACCGGGCACUUCCGCGGCGUCGCGCUUGCCCACGAGCGUAAUGAAAGCGGCGCGACAGUCUCAGACAGCCUCAGCGUUGUGCGUGCGCUCACGUCCCAGUUCCCCGGGCUCCCGCCCCGCGUCACGGGCCGCUACCGCGGCUCCGUCCUCGGCUACACGGAGGAGGAAGAGGAGCGCUUCCCCGUCCGCGACCGCCGCGGGACCGUCGGCACCGCUGGCGGCGACGGAAGCGAAGAGACCGGCGGCGGCGUGUCGUCUCUGUCACCGAGCAGCUCCGUCAAGCGCAAGCCAGCCCCCUCGGCACUCAGCGUCACACAGUUCCCCUUCCCCGAUUACAAACCGCCGCGCGCGGCCACCUCCGUCGAGUUCGAGCCUGCGCGGGGAGACAGCCCGACGGAGCGCUCCAUUCUACCGUGGACGCCCGAGUCGGGGGCGCACUGGACCGGCACAGGCACGACGCUGUACUCUCCACGACCCGGCCGCUCGCCGACCACAGCGGGCACGAGGUCCCCGAUGAGCCCGCGCGAGCUCGUGAAGCGCACGAGCAGAGCGAUCAGCGAAGCCAGCAUCCGUUCCGCCGAAUGGCUCACAUCGCCCCGCGAUGCACCGCGUCCCGGCCAGCUCUCGCCGGGGGACAUCGAGAUGUACAGGGGCGGACCAGCAGGGCGGAUGGCCCCGGGCGAGAUUCCGCCUGCGAUUAUCGACGAGGCUCGUCCGCGUGGCAAUCCUAUAGCAGACGCAUGGCGGAAGGCUGGUUCCUCUGGCCAGACCAGUCCGGCCACGCCAACGCGGCCAGUGCUUGUGACGAGGGUCAGCAUCGGACGCGUGCCGAUGCGCAUGACGCCUACACCCACCCACUCGGCGUUUUCGCAGCGGGAACGCAUCAUGUCGUCCCAUGGCUCGGUAAAGGACUACAGCGAACCAGAUGUACCACGUUCAGCGCGCAUAUCAAAUGUGUCAACCCAUAGAACAAUGCCAGAAGAGGACUCGAGACCACGAAGCUUUUUCGAGGAUUGAUAGAUCGAUUUUUGUCAGUGACUUUUUAGGACGAGGACCUGAGCAGAUCUUAUAACCCUUUGUGUACUUGUAGCGUUUUUGUUGAGGUUAUGGAGCAGUCUUCGCGUGUCUGGGCGGAGCGGCUCGUUCUUGUACGUAGUUUACCCACCUUCGAAUUCAUCGACCUUCCAUGUGCG